UUACAAUUCUAGCUUUACUUUGCGACAUUUAUGUUGACGUCUUCCGAUGCUGUGUAACUUAAUCAUAAUCAUCUUGUAAUUAAAAUUUAAAUCGUCACAUUUAGGAUAAUAAUAUCAUAAAAUUAAAAAUGGUUUGCGGAGGAUUCGCGUGUUCACGCCAUUCUCUAAUUAUAUUGAAUGUUAUUUAUAUUGUUGUCUCCUUUAUUAUAAUUGGUGUUGCUGCUUACGGCAGAGUAGCUGCUGUGAUUACAAGUUUAACACUUGUGGGAAGUCUAAUAGCAUGUGGAGUGUUUCUCUUUCUUAUAGCCCUAGUAGGUUUAGUAGGGGCAGCUAAGCAUCACCAAGUCCUGUUAUUCUUUUAUAUGAUCAUUCUGUUCUUACUGUUUCUGCUCCAAUUUGCCUUGGCCUGUGCUUGUCUAGCUGUCAAUGCUGACCAGAAGGACUCAUUGGCUAGACAGGGCUGGCAGAUGUCCAGUGCUAUGACCAAAGCUGAUGUCCAACACCAGUUUGAUUGCUGUGGCUUUGACGAUCAGAAUUUAAACGUCUCAUUCCCAAUGGGUCAUCCUCCAUGCGGAUCUCUAGUUAGUAAUAAAUUAACCAAGUGCUGCGAAGGUAAGGAAAGUUCCCCUUGUUGUAGUGGGCAGUACACUAACAACACAGCUGAGUCAUGUCCCUGUCAAAAGUGUUAUGAAAGAUUGCGACCCAUCAUUUACAAUGCUUUCUCUGCAACUGGUGGAGUUGGCUUGUUUUUCAGCUUUACAGAGAUAUUAGGUGUGUGGCUGACCAUUCGUUAUCGCAACCAGAAAGAUCCAUCAGCCAAUCCUAGUGCUUAUCUUUAGUCUCUUAUCAUUAAGUAUGUGUACACAUUGAGUAUCAGAUUAUUGGAGUCUGGCUAGCCAUGAGAUACAGAAACCAGAAAGAUCCAAGAGCGAAUCCUAGUGCAUUUUUAUAACAAUAAUUUAGUAUUGAAUUCUUAGGUUGUAUUUUGUUUUUGUUGUUUCCAUUUGGAAGUAUUAUUUUCUAUGGUUUUAUUUUAACAUUUCAAACUUGACAGUUUUUUGGCACUCUUAAUGGCUGUAUAAUUUUUUUUUUAUUAGUUCCAUAUGCCAUCCUAAGUGAAAAAAAAAUUAUUUCUUAAGAAAUUAAGUUCUUACAAUAAUAUUUUUCUUAAAAAAAACCAACAGAAAAUUGAAUCCAAACACUACAAAAUGACAUCAUACCAACUAGAAUAUUUAAGAGGAUGACUUGUACUUACAUGCAACUGAUUCUGAGUACAUUUCCAAGUAGGAUGAGUUCAAAUCUUUCAAAGCAUAAUACACGCACUGUCAUCAAUGCCUUACAUUUUAAAUUUCAUUUUGGUUCUAUCCUUCAUUUCCAGAGAGUUUGUCAUUUUGUGGUUGAAGUUCAAGAAAAUGGGUGUGAAUCUGUUAAAUCCUAGUCCACAACCAAGCACUCAUCUCUCAGAUAGUCUCUACAAUGAUUGGCUUCAGUUCUAAUGACAGUUACUUUCUCAGUAUUUCUUGAUUUUGAGUUUGUACUUGCCUUGAACCUUGACAGUACAGUUUACUUGUGGAUCUCUUUUUAGUUGACUUAGAAGUGGUAGCAUUGGUUUGACUUCGUCACAUGACAUUCAAGCACAAUCUUGACUUGACUAUUUUGUUGACUUACUUAUUUUGUUUAGAUCUUUCUGCACUGUCUGAUAUAAUGUGCAGGCUUGUAAAUGAUUAACAUUUUUUUUGUCUUUUCUAUCUGCCUCUUGGGAUGUUUGGGGCUUUAAUUGGAGAUGUCUUUUUAGUGUACCGCUGAGAGUAUUUUAGAAUUCAGUGUCACUAAACAUUGUUGUUUGACAUGGAAACAUAACACUGCAACACUCUGACUCUAAAAAAAAUCUAUCAUCCAAGAAGGAAAUUAGAAUCUAACAACUUCUAUUUGUACUACUGGUAUGCCCUACACAUUUCAACCAGAUUGUUAUAAUUAAUAGGAAUGAAUGCCUUAGAGAAAUAUCUAGGACUUGAUUAUGACAGACCUGACUGGUUGUAUAUUAUCAUUUUAUGUGCAAUAAUGUUUCCUUAUUUAUCAUUAGGACAAACAUUGGAGAUAUUUUUGUUUUCUUUCAUAUAUUACAAUUUUGUUCAGUUGGAGAUUUAGAUCUUUUUAUGAUUAGUCCAAGGCAACUAUCAAUGGAAGUGAGAAUUAUUUUUUUUGUACUUGAAUUGUUUCUGAAUUUAUUAGCGCUGGCAAUUACUUACAAUCAUUAUAUGCCAUUAGUGUUUUUAAAAAAAAGUAGAUUUUAUCUCUUGUACAGACUUAAACUAGCUGGCUGGCUAGAGUGAAGAUAUAUUUGUGAUUUAUGAUCUUUUAGUAGUCUUUUUUUUUUUCAAUUAAUUUUCCUAUUUUGAAAUCUGGCACAAGACUUAAGUAUUAUUUAUCAUUUCAGGGUUGUUUUGUUGUUGUUUUUUUAUGUGGUACCAAAUUUUUUAGUAAGUAUUGUUUAUCAUAUUGAGGGUUCUCUUUUAUUUAUUUUUUUUUUUUUUAUGUGGUAACAAAUUUGUUAGUGCCUUGGACUCAAUGAGUGAAGUAUUGUCUGCUGUGCCCCAUUGUUUUUUCCUCACAGGGUUCUCUUUAUUUGACCUACACUCUUACAAUACUAUCUCUCUCAUUUGAAUGUACUGUCUAUUUUAGUUCUCAAUUAUUAUGUGUGAUUUAGUAUGGAGAAUAUCAAUCUUAUAGUUUUUUAAAAAAUGUAAUAUCAUCAUAAAUUCUUGUUACCCACUAAAGCAAGAUCUAAUCAUAAAUGUACUGCAAAGUUACUUUGUAUUUUAAUAACAAUCAGAAUCAGUCUGUUUUAUUCUCUAUCAAAUCAAUUAGUGUUUUUAAGGGGCUGUUCUACAUCAAAUACACAAAAGUUUUACAUGCUGUAAAUUAGAUUUGUCAUAAUCAUUUUUUGUUGUUUUUAAUUUAUAUUAUUAGCUGUAUUGACAUUUUUUAAUCACUUGUUUUGAACCUAGCACUAUUGAAUUGAUAGAGAGAAAGAGGGGAUCAUUGAGUUUUUAUUUAUUUUGAUUAUUACAGAAUUUUCAUGACCUGUAUUAAUGUAUCUAUCUUAUAUUUAUAAAUAUAAAAAUAAUAGGAUUUUGAAGGUGUGAUCACUUAGAAUGUUUCUAUUCAAUUCAAAUAGAUUUUCCAAAAAAAAAAAUGUAACUAAAGUUUCUCAUUAAGUAUUUAAGGUAUUCAUAACAUAAGAGACCAAAAAGAUAAUUGUUACCAUACCUCAGUUGUAUAACUGUAUCAACUACUGUUAUCAUACACAUUUACAACUAUCAUAUCCCUCUAGUAUUAUUUUAGAAUGUUCUGCAUAACAUGCUGUCAAUUUCAAAAUAUCUUCUAGAAAAAAGAUUUUUUCUCCUGGUUGAAAUGGUUGACUGGAAUCAGCUGGUAAGAGUCAUUGUACUGACCACACACAACCUAUUUCAACAAAUACUCUUUGAAUGAGCUGGUCAGUCUGUAAGGCUAAGUUUUGUGGUUUUGAAUCAAUUGCACGCUACAUCUAAGUGCUACAUUUAAUCAUCACUUACCAAUCACAUAGGUUUUAAUUCAUACAAAUGUUCCCAGAGUUCUACUUGGAAAUCUCAUUAGAAUGAAGUUUAUGUAUAAUUGUUUCAUUGAAUAUUUUAUGAUGUGGGAGAAAAAAAUUUGUGAGGGUUUUUUUAAUGCUUAAUAAUGUAGACUAAGUGUCAUUGUUUUUCUUUAAGAAUUCUUGAAUGAUCGAAACUCUCCUAACACUGCUGUCAAUUUCCUAGGUUACACAUUUGUUUUUGUUCAAGCUGUUUGAAGCAUCUAUAUUUUUUUUAUUUACCGUUAUGUGUAUAUAGAUAUAUAUAUAUAUAUAGAGAGAGAGACUUAGUUUUAGACUUUCCACUUUAUAGCCAUGAUACUUUGUUAACAUUCCUAACAGCUAUCAAAUUCCAGUUGACCAAUUUUAAUCAUUUAUUUUCAUGGUGUUGUUUUUUAACUCUAUUAUAAAUUGUUUCAAUGAAGACAAAGCUAGUUUCCCAGACGCAGAAAAUAAAUAGAUAAUUGAUAACUUGUAACUUAUUUUGCUUUUAAUCUCAAUUAUGAAUGCAUGGACUCUGCUAUUGUUUAGUCCUUAAGAGAUAUUGCUCUUCCAUUCAUGAGGCAUAGAUUUAAGAUUGUAUGUCAAUGUUUGUUGCAAUAAUUUGUUUUGUCUGAACAGGUGAUAAUUGAUGAAGCAAUACACCUUAGCACUGAUUCUGUACAUGUGUCUUAUUAAGUCUGUGAGCCAUCUGUUACAAUCAUUCCAUUAUUCUUGUUGUUUGGUGAGUGUAGUUUAGUACAAAGUUCAUGACUAAAGAAAACACGUUGCUCCUACCCACUGCAAACUUCACAGGAGUUUUCAAGCUUUGGUUUGGGUUCAUAGUCAAAUCCAUGUUUUUUGUUGUGUUGUUGUUGUUGUUUUUUUAAGAAAGAAAUGGUUGAACUUGUAAUUUUAAUAUUAUUUCAGUUUGUCUUCACGUUUAUUUGGUAUAUUUUUUUUUCUGAAGAGAAAAUCUGUUCUUGCCCAUUGUUUCCAUGUCAUUAUUUAUCACUGUGCAAUAAAGUCAGUUUUCUUCAA